UCUCUUUUCCGUCGUUGGUAAUGGCGGAUGCUAAUAAAGCACGUUCAUUGGAAGAGACGCCUACGUGGGCUGUUGCUGUGGUGUGUUUUGUUUUGGUUAUCAUUUCAAUCUUCAUUGAACAUGGCAUUCACAUUGUAGGCAAGUGGAUUAAGAAAAGACACAAUACAUCUCUUUAUGAAGCACUUGAGAAGGUUAAAGCAGAGCUUAUGCUCAUGGGAUUCAUAUCCUUGCUGUUAACAGUAUUUCAAGGCCCCAUAUCUGAGAUUUGCAUACCAAAGCAUGUUGCAGACACUUGGCAUCCGUGUGAUAAGUACGCCGAGGCUCGAAAAUAUUCUGAAAAAAGUUCGGGUAGGAAACUUGUUGGAUUCGAUGACGAUGAUGACGAUCGUUACUACGUUCCUCGACGCAGUCUCGCGUCGAAAUCCGAUAAAUGUUCGGAACAGGGAAAAACUGCAUUAGUUUCAGCUUAUGGUAUCCAUCAGCUCCACAUAUUCAUCUUUGUGUUGGCAGUUUGUCACAUUCUUUACUGUAUCAUAAUCUAUGCUUUGGGAAGAACUAAGAUGAGGAAAUGGAAGGCCUGGGAAAAUGAGACAAAGACAAUUGAAUAUCAAUUCUACAAUGACCCGGAGAGGUUCAGAUUUGCAAGGGACACAUCAUUUGGGCGUAGACAUUUGAACUUUUGGAGCCGUUCUACCGUAACCCUUUGGAUUGUCUGUUUCUUUAGGCAAUUCUUUGGUUCAGUCACAAAGGUUGAUUACUUGACACUGAGGCAUGGAUUUAUCAUGGCACAUUUGGCACCCGGAAACGAAACGAAAUUCGAUUUCCAGAAAUACAUCAAGCGAUCGUUAGAGGAUGAUUUUAAAGUUGUUGUAGGGAUCAGUCCAAUCAUCUGGUUCAUUGCUGUUUUGUUCUUGCUUGCCUACACACAUGGAUGGUACUCUUAUUUAUGGCUGCCGUUCAUGCCCUUGAUCAUAACUUUGAUGGUUGGAGCCAAGCUGCAAGUGAUCAUCACUAAAAUGGGGCUGAGGAUUCAAGACAGAGGGGAUGUAGUCAAGGGUGCACCCGUGGUUCAACCGGGUGAUGACCUCUUCUGGUUCGGACGCCCGCACUUCCUUCUUUUUCUCAUUCACGUCGUUCUUUUUACGAAUGCAUUUCAGCUGGCCUUUUUCGUGUGGAGCACGUACGAAUUCACCAUAAAAUCUUGCUACCACGAACAUGUGGAGGAUGUCAUCAUUAGAGUCUCAAUGGGGGUCAUUAUACAGUUUCUUUGCAGUUACGUGACUCUUCCACUCUAUGCUUUGGUGACUCAGAUGGGGACUAAUAUGAGACCAACCAUUUUUAAUGAUAGAAUUGCAGCUGCACUCAAAAACUGGCACCAUACAGCAAAGAAACACACCAAACAAAGCAGGCAGCUGCAUUCCGAAAAUACAACACCGUUUUCGAGCAGGCCUGCAACUCCAACUCACAGGAUGUCACCGGUUCAUUUUCUGCAUAACUAUCCCCGAAGCACUGAAAGCUAUCGUAUGUCUCCGGGGCAUUUGAAUGAUCAAUGGGAUCCCGAAUCGUUUCGUUCUCCAGGACACCACCAUGAAAUCAAUGACCUUGCUCAUGAUAAAUCACUGGUAGAAAUGAGGGAAGUAGAUAGGGUAGUUCAAGAAUCUAACUCUUCUUCACAGUUCCCUGCUACGGCACCUCGAAUGAUUCGAACACAACAUGAGAUUGACAUCAUUCCGUCUGAUUUCUCGUUCGCGAAAGAAUGAUCGAGUUGAUAAAGAUCAACUCAGAUUAAAGGGUCACGAGGCAAUAAUUGUCCAGUUGUAGA